AUGAUUUUCUUCCUUGUCUCAGCCUCUUCCUCCAGGCUGGUGUGUUACUAUAACAGCUUGGCAGAAAGCAGAACGGGAAACGGGAGAUUGACGGUGUCAGAUAUUGAUCCGAACCAGUGUACCCAUCUGAUCUAUGGCUUUUCAGUCAUUAACAAUCAACAUCAAUUGGUCCCCAGCAGUGAAACUGACAUACAACGCUAUCAGUCCUUUACUGAACUCAAAACAAAAAAUCCACUGCUCAAAACCCUGUUAGCGGUUGGUGGCCUGACCUUUGACACACAAAAAUUCCGUACAAUGGUGUCAGCACGAAACAGAGCAACGUUCAUCCAGUCUGCUAUCACACUACUGAGAGAAAAUGGGUUUGAUGGGCUAAACCUUGACUGGAGACUCCCUAGAGGAGCUAGAUGCCAAAAACAGGACAAGAGGAGGUUCACACUGCUAUGCAAGGAGCUCAAAGAGGCCUUUGAGGAAGAGGCAACAAAAGCUAACCGUGACAGAUUAAUCAUCACUGCUAGUGUCUCUGCGGAGAAAGCAACCAUCCGUGCCUGUUAUGAAGUUGCACAGAUUGCCACGUACCUGGAUUUCAUUAAUGUACUGACAUUUGACUUUCAUGGCCCCUGGGAAAAUGUCACAGGACAUCACAGCCCCUUAUACAGAGGAUCCCAUGACACUGCAGACAAACUCUACUCUAACACUGACUCUGCCAUGCAAUAUUGGCGGGACCAGGGAGCACUCACUCAAAAGCUAAACCUGGGUAUAGCUGCCUAUGGGCGAGUCUUUAGCCUCUCCUCUGCUUCCACUGAUGUUGGAGCACCAGUCAGUGGUGCUGGGGUGGCAGGCUACUACACCGGUGAAGACGGAUUCUGGGCCUCUUAUGAGACUUGUCUUUAUGUUGAAGAUGUUAAAAUCCACUUGAUAACUGAUCAGAGAGUUCCAUAUGCCACUAAAAAUAAUCAGUGGGUUGGAUUUGACAACAAAAACAGCCUUGAUACUAAGGUCAAUUACCUAAAAACUAACAACUUUGGAGGAGCCUUUGUCUGGUCACUGGACCUGGAUGACUUUAGUGGACAAUUCUGUAAACAGGGUAAUUACCCUAUUAUCAGCCACCUGCAUACUCUCCUGGUUCCAGCUCCCAUUUCAACACCUCCCCUGACUACAAGUCCUCCAACUACAUCAAUUCCCCUCACGACAACACCUCCCCUCACCACAACAAUUCCAAUUACAACACCUCCCCUCACCACAACAAUUCCAAUUACAACACCUCCCCUCACCACAACAAUUCCAAUUACAACACCUCCCCUCACCACAACAAUUCCAAUUACAACACCUCCCCUCACCACAAUUCCCCUCACCACAACUGCCCCUACGACAACACCACCUACCACAACUCCACCUACCACAACCACGCCCCCUACAACAACGCCCCCUACCACAACCACUCCACCUACAACAACAACUCCCCCUACUACAACAUCACCACCUACCACCACAACACCACCUACCACCACAACUCCCCCUACCACCACAUCACCACCUACCACCACAACUCACCCUACCACCACAACUCCGCCUACAACUCCACCUACCACAACAACUCUACCUACAACUCCACCAACCACAACUCCUCCUACAACAACAACACCACCUACCACAACAACGCCCCCUACAACUCCACCUACCACAACCACUCAACCUACCACAACAACGCCCCCUACCACAACACCACCUACCACCACAACUCCCCCUACCACCACAACACCCCCUACCACCACAUCACCCCCUACCACCACAACACCACCUACCACCACAACUCCCCCUACCACCACAACACCACCUACCACCACAACUCCGCCUACCACAACCACUCCACAAACAACAACUCCCCCUACGACCACUCCACCCACAACUCCAACCCCGACAACCACUCCACCUACCACAACAACGCCCCCUACAACUCCACCUACCACAACCACUCCACCUACCACAACAACGCCCCCUACCACCACAACUCCCCCUACCACCACAACUCCCCCUACAACUCCACCUACCACAACAACUCUACCUACAACUCCACCGACCACAAUUCACCCGACAACAACACCACCUACCACAACAACUCCCCCUACAACAACUCCAGCUACUACAACAACUCCACCUACCACAACAACAACAGAGAGGGGACCCCAACUCCCCUCCCUAUACAACUCCCACAACUACAACUCCCCUCACCACAACAAUUCCUCCUACUACAACUGCCCUCACCACAACAAUUCCUCCUACUACAACUCCCCUCACCACAUCUGCCCCUACUACAUCAACUCCCUUCACCACAACUCCCCUUACCACAACAGUUCCUCUUACUACGUCAACUCCCCUCACCACAACUCCUCUUACCACAACAGUUCCUCUUACUACGUCAACUCCCCCUACCACAACUCCCACAACUACCCCACCCACUACCACAACCACAACUACCCCUACUACAACAAAAAUGUCCACUACCACAACAUCUCCCACCACUACAACAAAAACGCCCACCACCACAAAAACAUCCUCAACUACAACCACAAAAUCUCCCACCACUACUACAAAAACCACUACAACCCUCACCACCAAAACAACCCGAACAACUUCCCCUGCUACAACCACAAAAACCACAACCAAAUCUCCCACCACUACCACCACCAGAAAAACUCCCACCACGACAAAAACCUCUACUAA